UCCCUCUCUCUCCUCGUCCUUCCCUUCUCUUCUGUGUCCCCUUGCACUCUUGCGUAGGAGACAUUGUCAUUUUUUCCUGUAGUUUGUGGUUUGUGUCUCACUUGCUGUUUCCAACACAAACCCAUGCACAACAUACCUAGGUAGCCACUCUAGGCAGACCCCAUUCCUCUCUCUCUCUCUCUAAUCUCUCUAAUUCUCUGAGGAUUUCUUGCAUGAAUCUGCUAAAGUACUUGUUUUCCAGCUUCUCAUGAGCACAAACAUCUAUCCAAAUAUAUGCUCGAUUCGCUUCACUCCGCAAAUUGCUUUUUCAACUGUGAAUGCUUCCCUACUUUCCCAAGAUUCAAGCAGCAUCAGCUCCGUGUUAACAGGAAUUUGCACAGGAGGCAAAAAGAUCUGAAGCCCAAUAUUUGAUUUUUGUUUUCACCCUUGCUCUUCAAUUUGCAGGCUAGGACAUUAUUUAUGUAAAUUCAAUGGAUUACAGGGUUCUGUGCAGAGAAAAAAGAAGAUGAAAGGGCCAUUUAAGUAAGGCCUUACAGAUAGUUCGUUGUUUCUCCAUUCUCUUUCCCUCUUCCACUUCGGAAGUCUGCUCUAUUCUUCCUGCUCUUCAGAUGAACAGUUCUGCUUUCAAUUUCUUUACUUUUUCUUGAGAAACUUGUUCGGGGUUUCUACUUCAGACACUUCUUCUGUAGUUUCCUUCCAUGCCGGUACUUGAUCAACGAACAAGAUACCAAAGAACGAUGAAGUUUAUGAGACUUGGUACAAGGCCAGACACCUUCUACACUGAACAAGCCACCAGGACUCUGAUUUCAGACGUACCUUCAGACCUUGCAGUACAAGUAAAUGAUAUCACUUAUUUUCUACACAAGUUUUCACUUCUUCCAAAAUGUGGCCUCCUACAAAGGCUUUGCUGUAAUAGUUCUAGUGAUUCUGAGGGUGUGUCACUAGAGCUUCAUGAUAUUCCUGGAGGGGAAGAUGCUUUUGAGCUAUGUGCUAAGUAUUGCUAUGGAAUUUCAAUCAAUAUCAGUGCUUUUAACUUCGUUCCUGCAUUUUGUGCUGCUAAGUUCCUGCAAAUGAGUGAGUCAGUUGAGAAGGGAAACUUGGGGGGAAAACUCGAGGCUUUCUUCGACUCCUGCAUUCUUGAAGGCUGGAAGGACUCCAUCGUGACACUUCAGGCCACUUCCAAGUUACCAGAAUGGGCUGAGAAUCUGGGUGUCGUCAGAAAAUGCAUAGAUUCAAUUAUUGAGAAAGUUCUCACGCCCCCACCACAGGUCAGAUGGUCCUUCACUUACACAAGGCCUGGUUAUGCCAAGAAACAGCACCAUUCUGUCCCAAAAGAUUGGUGGACUGAGGAUGUUUCUGACCUCGACAUAGACCUUUUCCGAUGUAUAAUCAUGGCUCUAAGGGCCACUUAUCUUCUCCUACCACAGCUCAUAGGAGAAGCUCUUCAUGUCUACGCUUGCCGGUGGCUACCAGGAAUCAUGAAGCCCAGAACAUCAAGCAGUUCAGGUUCUCAAACAGAAGAAUCCAAGGCAAAAAACAGGAAAAUUCUCGAAACUAUUGUGACCAUGAUUCCUGCAGAUAAAGGGGCAGUUUCAGUUGGUUUUUUGCUUAGACUUCUUCAGAUUUCGGAUCAUUUUGGGGUCUCCCAUGUCACUAAGACAGAACUGAUUAGAAGAGCAAGCCUGCAAUUUGAUGAAGCAACUGUGAAUGACUUGCCUUGUGCUUCAGCAUCAUCAAUGGAGUUGGUUUUAGCAGUGUUGGAAAGUUACUUGAAGCUUUGGAAAAGAAUGUCUCCUAAUCCUGCAGAUAACAGCCACUUCUUAAGAUCAAUUGUACAUGUUGGGAAGCUCAUUGAUUCAUAUCUUCAAGUGGUUGCAAGGGAUGAUAAUUUGCCAGUAUCAAAAUUUGUUGCUCUUGCUGAAGCUCUUCCAGAUAUCGCAAGGUUACAGCAUGAUGAUCUCUACCAAGCAAUAAACAUCUAUCUUAAGGCGCAUGCUGAGCUGGGCAAGGCAGACAAGAAGCGGUUAUGUCGGAUUCUGGACUGUGAAAAGCUGUCAGCAGAAGCUCGGGCACACGCAGUGAAAAAUGAGCUUCUUCCAUUAAGAACUGUUGUUCAGCUUCUCUACUUUGAGCAAGAGAAAAAAUCCUCUCCUAGCCAUCAGCACCACCACCACCAACUUCAUAAUAAUCAUGCUGCCACUAGCAGUCACAGUAACAGUACUGCUACUUAUAAGGUUUUGAAAAGUCCCCAUGAGCUUUCUGGAUCAGAAGCCAAGCACAGACCCAGAAGUUCCAAUAUUGUUGCUGAAGGUAAUAAAGACAGAUUGGCCUUGGAAUUUGAAAGGAAGAUGAUUGUGAGAGGAGGGGAGGUUGAGGAGGUUGGAUCUGAUAUGGGAAGAGGAUUCUGCAGGUUGGGUUUGGAUCCUAGGAAGAUCAUGAGAAGGGCAAGAAGUGACUCUGAUUAUGCCAAUAAAAAAGGUAGAUAGAGAGUUUAAUUAAUGGGGUUUACUUAUAGUUGAUGAUGAUAAGUAAGGUAUUCAAGCAGGCUUUGUUUUUAAGAUUAUUAAUUAGACCAACAUGAUGUCAAGAAAACAGGUCCAGAUUUUUUCAAACUUCAGCAUAAAUAAAUCUUCAUCGGGUAUCUAAUCUAGAUGGUUGAUUUUUUAAAACGAAACAUGUGUAAGGAUUUUUUUGUUGUUGGAAUUACUGUAAAAUUUUUGCAGAGUUUAAAUGUGAAUGACAUGAAACAGUUCUGCUGUC